GAGAAAUUAUCGUGUAAGAACUGCAUCAGAUUAGAUAAUUUCAGGCCACAGAAGUCACCGGCAAUUAUUCCUCAAUCGUUGUGGCUUAUACUGAAUGAGGCAAAUGCACAAUUGGCAACGGACACAGUAAUGCUAACCGCGUGGGGGGUAAGUCACAAUAAAAUAGCACAAUUUACUCGUUAAUACGAAAAUUAUUGCGCUGUACAUACUGGGCUGGCCUAUGAUGGGACAGACAAGUUUACCCAGUGUUUUAGUUAGAUAGGCACUUAUUGAAUUUUUCAAAAAUCAUAGUUCCGUUCGCGUUAACAACAUCAGUCAAUUGAAUAAAUUGCCAUGUAGUUCUUUACCCUUGUAUUCAAGUUUACCAUGAGGACAUCCAUUGGCAAUGCAAUCCAGUAUUUAACAUUGCCUCGUUUUACGAUUCAUUUAUUUUGCAUUGCCUGCGUAGCUUAAAAUAAGUUUAGAGGGCAAGGAUGACCGGGCUGAGACUACAGUAAAAACAGGAAAGACGAUAAUGCGCUCAUGUUAUGCGUGGGUAUACUGUUAUCUAGUCGUUUGGAACAAUCAAAAGCUAAAUAAUGAAGUUGAGUAAGCACCAAUGCGUAAACAGCUAUCAUGCUGCCUGCAUGAUGAAUGUAAAAUGGCUAGUGCUCUUUAAUGGUUCAGCGAAUUGUGAUAGAGUAUGCCGUCUCGGCACCUGAUUUUGGCUUCCAAAAUACGGAAAAUAGGCUUUUAAAUUAAUGUUGAGGUCAAUGUGUUGUCUUAUCUAUAUUUGUGCCCUAGCUACUUUUAUGUAGAUAUAUGCUGAAACGCAGCUACAUAUACAAUUGAUUUAGACAAGGAAAAUGCUCAGUCCAAAAAAUGAGAUGGAACUGCCUGUUGUUUUUAAUCGGUUGGUCGAAACUUAUUUCAAGCGAUAUCAUGUCCCUUAAUGGGAAACAUAUAGUGGUUGGGACGCAGGUUACUUUGGUUCAUCUUUACGUGACGAGAAACAUUUCCGGGCAUAUUGUUAAGCUCGAUGGUGUAGCAGCUGAAACGCUGGAUUCAUUAGCACGACGUUUAAAUUUUACGUAUUCAGUUCUACAGGUAAACGAUAGCCUUAUGGAAGGAUUUAGCAACGCUCUACCAGGCCUUGCUUUCUACAUUACCAACGGAAUGUGUGAUGUUGUUAUUGGACCCGUAGUAACGACGCCAAGCCGAUUUGCAAUUAUGGAUUUUGCAGAAGGAUUCAUGUACACAUCUGGUGCACUUCUUAUACCUAUGCCAACAUCAUCAGAGAACGUCGCAGCUGUCGCAAAGCCUUUCCAGCGAUCGGUCUGGAUCAGUUUGUUUUUUGUAAUGCCCAUUACGGCUGCAGCAAUCUAUUUUUUCAUUCUUCCUAAGCCUUGGUUGCAUUCGUCCUCCACAUUGGAUCGAUCGUAUUGCGGAAAGUUACACCACAUUUCUUGCUCAGCAUUCGAAGUAUUGUUCGAGGUAUUUAGAAUUCUCAUGAAUCAAGGGGGAAGUUUCCCAACGAUGCGCAACACCGUUUGUUUUGUUGUGGGCUCCUGGUGUUUGGGAGCUCUGGUCGUGGUUUCUGCCUACAACAGUCUUUUGACCUCUUACAUCUUGGGAUCAAACGCAGAGCCAUUGGUCGAUUCCCUCGCAGACGUUGCAGCAAAUUCCAAAGUUAAUCUGGUCGUUGAUAAAGGACUUGCCGUAGAUGUGGUUGUUUCGGGUGCUACUGUUGGGCUCUACAAACAGCUUGGCGAUAAACUGAGGUCAAAUAAAAACUCCCGCUGUGUAACAUUUCAAGGGUGUAUUGACCUCGUGAAAUCAGGAUCCUACACUUACCUUAAUGGUCUUUCCGUGACGCUGAACGCCAUUGAUGGCGAUUACAAGUCAACGAGGAAGUGCAAUCUUGCAUUAGCUAGAAAACCUGAAUCGGUGCCCGCUUCACUAGCAUGGGCACUCUCCAAGAAGAGCCCGUACACAAAAUCGUUCACAAAAGGAUUUAUGGAAUUGCAUCAAGCCGGAUUGAUUGAUGAAUGGACAAAUAGGGAACUGCAUCUACGUAGAAAUGUAAGUUUUUGUCUGAACGAAGCCAAGAAAGUGCAGCAACGCAAGAUAUCCGACAACUUGACAAAAAUCACAUUGAAAAAUUUCUCUGGGGCAUUUUACGUCUUGGUCGUGGGCUACGUCCUAUCUCUUAUUUGCUUCUUCGGUGAAAAUAUUUAUUUUAGACUUUUAAAAUAUUACGGGGAUCGUCAACAAGUGGUGUAAAAGGGAAAUAAGGCGGGAAUUAUGAACUAGAAAGCGAGAAAAUGAAGGACAAGAAAUUGUAAUUUUUUAUUCACACACAAAAAACUGGCAGAAAAUUGCAUGGAUAUUUUGAUGAGCUGAAAUCUAGUUCCUCGUUGUUUAAUUGUGGUUUAGUAACGUUUGCAUUGUAUUUUGACGGGCAUGUUUGUCCCUAUAAACUUUGUAUAUUUAUUUGUCGCCUUUACGCGGUUUUGUGCCGAUUUUUAUUGUUAUUUGGUACUAAAUAUACGGAAAAAGAGAAAGACUCACACUACCAUCCAUCGGUGUUGCCGUUCUUCACCCUCGAAUGACGGGAUGGUGAGUUUAAUUGUGAAUGUUUCAAACUAGUUAAGUUUUACGAUCUAUCUCAUGUGACUAGUUUAAGCUGUCGACUGUGCUUCACGGUUAUUUCCACUUAACGCAAGAUAAAGAAAACUACGUCAUUUCCAAAUGCAAUAAUGUAUUGCAACGAUGAAAAACCAAAGAAACGGAAGAGAACUAGUAAGGAUUACAAUCAACAGGGUUGGGAGGAUAGAAAACAAACAAAAAAUUGCGAGAUUGGUGGGAGAGGAGUCGUCACAAGAAACACGACGGAGUCUUGUUGAUUGGCUAAUAGAAGAGUUGUGUAGGUUGAAAACGAAUGCUAGGUUAUAUUGGUCAAGAGACGGAGCAAUAAAGAAAGAAGAAA